AUGGAGAACGAGACUGAGCCCUCCGUCCCGUGGGUGGGAGCCACCAGGAGAGAGGAGCCUUUUGUUCACCACCUGCCCGCCCAGCUGCCCACCCAGCUGCCCACCCAGCUGCCCACCCAGCUGCCCGAAGCACCAUACUACCUCCACCACCUCAACCAGACGUCGUCGGUGGAGGAGCGGCGGUGCCUGGAGGCGUCGCUGGAGGCGGUGGCUCCCUCCGGUGACUACUGUAACGCCACCUGGGACUCACUGUACUGCUGGCCGGCGACGAAGGCGGGGACUACGGUGAAGCUAUCGUGCGCCACGGUGUUCAGCGACGUGCCUGACCUGCUCCACUACCCUGACGCGUUCGCGUACCGUGAGUGUGAUGCUACUGGUACCUGGCUCUGGGGCGAGUGGACCAACUACUCCCAGUGUGUCACUGUUAUAGAGCACCAGGAUGGGUCACCAGGAGUGAGAGAGGCCGUGAGACACAUCACAUUCAUCGGGGCGCUGCUCUCUCUCCUCACCCUCACCAUCACCCUCGUCAUCUUCACCUGCUUCAGAUCACUGGAGUGUGACCGGUUAAGGGUUCACAGGAACUUGGUGGCCGCGCUCACCAUCCGCUUCCUGGUGAUGGUGGUCAUCACUGAACCCUUCAUCUCUCACCGUCACAGUCUCACCUAUCGUGACCUGGACUGGCUGUGCAAGUCACUGCUGGCAGUGAGGAUGUACGCCCAGACGGCCUCCAUCAACUGGAUGUUCGUCGAGGGCGUCUUCCUGCACUCAAGGUUGACGUCCCACGUCUUCGACGCCGGGGCUCCCUUCACUCUCUACUACGUCAUAGGCUGGGGGUGGCCCCUAGUCCUGCUGGCGGCUUGGACCACUACCAUGAUUAUGCACUAUCCUGUCCACUGCUGGCGCGGCUACAGCUCUCUACCGUAUAUCUGGAUUCUUGUGGCUCCCAUGAUAACAGCUCUCAUGAUCAACCUGUUGUUCCUGGUAAACAUCGUCAGGAUCCUGGUCACCAAGCUCCAGGCCAGCGAUGCUCAGUUCAGGAAGGCUGUGAGGGCCACGGCAGUGCUGUUCCCUCUACUAGGCACCACCAAUCUUCUCUUCGCUGUCAACCCCGGCGACAAUGGAGACCUGGAAGGCGCCUACAUGCUUACAAAUGCCUUCCUUCAGUCCUCUCAGGGUGUGUUCGUGUCGGUGUUGUACUGCUUCCUUAACGGCGAGGUGCAGGAGGCACUACGGAACCGCUGGCAACAAUACCGCCUCCAGAAGCUCCGUCAGCCAGGCAACCUUCACCGAAGAAGCACAGGAGGCACUAUAAUCUUUGAGCCCUCUGUUUCUUUACAACUGAGCCCUAAUACACCCACUUCCCUACAAAUUAGCCCUCAGACACCUGUAUCUCAGCCACUCGGCGCUCAGACACUUGUACCUCAGCCACUCAGUCCUCAGACACCUGUAUCUCAGCCACUCAGUCCUCAGACACCUGUAUCUCAGCCACUCAGCCCUCAGACACCUGUAUCUCAGCCACUCAGCCCUCAGACACCUGUAUCUCAGCCACUCAGCCCUCAGACACCUGUAUCUCAGCCACUCAGCCCUCAGACACCUGUAUCUCAGCCACUCAGCCCUCAGACACCUGUACCUCAGCCACUCAGCCCUCAGACACCUGUACCUCAGCCACUCAGCCCUCAGACACCUGUACCUCAGCCACUCAGCCCUCAGACACCUGUACCUCAGCCACUCAGCCCUCAGACACCUGUAUCUCGGCCACUCAGCUCUCAUCCAUACAUCUCCCAGACACAGAGUCCUAAGCAUAUCAGUUCCCAGCCACUUGGCAUGCAAGCAUUCGACUUAAAGACACUGAAGCAUGUUUUGGGAUCUAAGCCAUCCAGUGACAAAUUUUAUGGCUGUACGGAACAUGAUCUGAUGAAUAGCUGUGUGUGAUCAUACUAAUACAUCAUACUAAUUUCACCUUAUAACCUACUAAUAUCCAUACCAAAAUGGUCAUGAGUAAGGAACAUUGGCAGUACGAUGAAUUCAACCCCCACGACAGAUGUUUUUGGAAAGAUUAAGGCCAUUCUAGCCUUAAACAUGGAAACUAAUUGGAAUCAUUAAUAGCUUUUUGACCUACAACAUGGAGAGGUUUGUGAUAUGACAAGGAGGACCUUCUUAUUCACGUCUAAGAGAUGUUUGUGGCAUGAUCUGUGUUCUUUCAGCUACGAUGUAGACACUGUUUUGACAUGAAAAGUUUGUGAUGUGCAUACCAUGAGAAAUACCUGAUACAAUUUUAGUGUGACUAAAAUGAUGAGACUUAUCCAAGGACAGUGUGACGAAGAUUUUGCCUUGUCAAUGGCAUGAUUAGGGCCUGCUGCCAUUCUCCAGGGUGGCUGUGGCAUGAUCAGGGCCUGCUACCACUCUCCUUUGCGGCUGUGGCAUGAUCAGGGCCUGCUACCACUCUCCUUUGCGGCUGUGGCAUGAUCAGGGUCUGCUACCACUCUCCUUUGCGGCUGUGGCAUGAUCAGGGUCUGCUACCACUCUCCUUUGCGGCUGUGGCAUGAUCAGGGUCUGCUACCACUCUCCUUUGCGGCUGUGGCAUGAUCAGGGUCUGCUACCACUCUCCCGGGCAGCUGUGGCAUGAUCAGGGUCUGCUACCACUCUCCCGGGCAGCUGUGGCAUGAUCAGGGUCUGCUACCACUCUCCUUUGCGGCUGUGGCAUGAUCAGGGUCUGCUACCACUCUCCCGGGCAGCUGUGGCAUGAUCAGGGUCUGCUACCACUCUCCCGGGCAGCUGUGGCAUGAUCAGGGUCUGCUACCACUCUCCCGGGCAGCUGUGGCAUGAUCAGGGUCUGCUACCACUCUCCCGGGCAGCUGUGGCAUGAUCAGGGUCUGCUACCACUCUCCCGGGCAGCUGUGGCAUGAUCAGGGUCUGCUACCACUCUCCCGGGCAGCUGUGGCAUGAUCAGGGUCUGCUACCACUCUCCCGGGCAGCUGUGGCAUGAUCAGGGUCUGCUACCACUCUCCCGGGCAGCUGUGGCAUGAUCAGGGUCUGCUACCACUGGGGCAUUGAUUGUGACACUCUCCCACUCUACCAUUAAAUAGCAUGCCACAAAGCAGUACCACAGGACAUCUACUUGUUAUAUACAUCAAUGAUUUGUCAGACCUCUCUAAACUUUCUUAAACCUAUUAUAUUUUGUGACAAUACUACUUUCAUCUUCUCAAACCCCAACCCCCCCACAGUCUAAAUAAUAUUAAUUGCUUGAUGGGGUUCUGGGAGUUCUUCUACUCUUCAAGCCCAGCCUGAGGCCAGGUUUGACUGGUGAGAGCUUGGUCCAACAGGCUGUUGCUUGGAGCAGCCCACAGGUCCACAUAUCCACC